AUGGAUGAAAGAACCUUCCAACGCGAACUCAAUCAGCUAAAGUCUCGAGUGACAGAUAUGGCUAUGAAGCAUUCGCCACGUCUUGCCCCAGGUCAUAUCCUUCAAGCUUCGCCAUCUACUGAUCACUUCUCCUCCCAAGUUGAAGACCUGAAGAUGCAUGUCGCUCAGCUCGAGUCUACCAUGAGCCGCUCCCAGCCAUCGCCGGAUUUGACUGGACCUACUUGGGAGGACUUCCACGUGCUCGAAAGCAAACUCCGAGGGUUCACGAUGGAGACUUUGCUCCGCUUCGAAAAUGUCGAGCAUGAUCUGGCAGAGCUUGACGAGAAGACAGAUCGUCUUGAUCCGAAGAGAUUCACGCCGGCUAGUAGCGAUGGGAACUACGAGGAAGGCGUAUCUCUUUUUCCGUCUGAGGCUGACGACGUUCUUGGCUCUGACUCUGCGACCUACAACGAUGCGUUCUCCAGCAAGAUCGCGGCCUCUUCUCCGGCACUCGAACCACUCGACAGUAGCUUCAAGCAGGAGACUAGCGCUCCAGCGUUCGAGGACAUGACGAGCAUCCAGGUCGCUCAAGCAUUCACAAAGUCAAAGCUCGAAGCAGCAAACAUCACGCUCGACAUCCUCCGCCAGUACAAUGCUGCUAACGAUAAGCUGGAUGCCGAAUUUGACAAGGAUGAUCUCAGACUUGUCAAGAACAUCGUCAAGCUGCAUACUAAUCUCGCUCGUGAUCACAGGUGGAAUGCACCGAGGCUUAAGGAGAAUGCGAAUGUAGUACUUCCGUCUGCUUUUGUGGACCCUCUGGCUGGUCUGUUCGAACCAGAACAGCCAGGCGGGGUUAGCCUGCCUCAAGAUCCAAGAGUAUCCUUGCCUAUCACAGAGCUCGAUGCACGUCCUCGACCGGAUUCAUCCCACCCCGCGGCUCCUUUUGGAAUGAGACAUGCAGAAGGUGUGGCUUUUCGAGACCAAGAGAUUUCGCGCCUCGACGACCUACUCCGAGAUGCACAAGAAAAAGCAAGACUGAGCGAGCAGCAGUUCGAUGGGCAGAGACAAGCACUAUUCGACAUGCAAGUCCGCUGCGACGUAAGUCAUGAUCAAAUGAUGGAGCUGAAGAAUGUAUGCAAGGAGAGAGACAUCGAAGUUGCCAGGCUCAAGGCGGACGCUUUGCAAAGAGAUAUACAUUUACAGCAGAUGAACGACUACCUCCAGUCUCGCGACGAGCAACGGGACCGCCAGCUCAGCAACUUUCAGCAAGUUGUGGAUCGGAGCAGGGAGAAGACUGGAAUCAUGGCCUCGCAAGAGCGGCGUAUUGAAAAGCUCCAAAGGAUUCUACAAGACUGUCAGAACGGCAAGGAUGAUGAGAUUGAUCAUAUCCUACACGGGCGGGGUGAGGAAGUUCGGAGGCUACAAGGUUUCUGCGAGCAGAAGGAUGUCGUUGCUCGUAGCCAGGAAGAGAUCAUUGCUCGUGGGGCCAGGCUUAUGCAGCAGCGGGACGAGGAAAUUGAGGCGUUGACACGGAGUAGGAAGGCGAUGGAGGAUGAUAUCAAGGACGAGAGGAGGCAACGUCUGCGUGUGUCGAAAUUGUUGGAGGAGCGGGAUGGCGAGCUAGUCGAGCUGAAAUCAGAGCUGGCGGCACGGGCUGUCGUUGAAGACGGUACGCGACCGCAAGUCGAUGACCGCGAGCAGCCUUCUCCAUUCGGAAUGUCAAUGCGCGCUUUACCCACCGCAGCUCCAAUGUGGUCGCCCCGGCCUAUCCCAGGUAACCGUAGACUGGCCAAUGAGGCACGCAGGGCGUCCGCAUGGGACCAAGGCGAACGACGAGGAGGGAAGCCGAUGUUCGGUGCGCCAAGUCCGUUGAGUACGUGGAGCAAACGGGAUGCCUCGCCGCCGAGACGACGAGUGUCGAGUCCACAUCCGCGAGCUAUCCGGCAUCUGCUGAGCGACGAAGCCGACGAGGCGAGGACACGUGCUCCAAGAGCUUCGGACGACCGUAAGCAGGGUCAUACAUCCACCUCCGCGACAAGGGAGGAACGGGACGCAACGGGCAGCCCUGCAUUUCAUGACGACCGUAUUCUAUCCAGCCGGUCGCGAAACGAACGGCACAGCCUGCCUCUCGAUCGCACAGUGUAUCCCCCACUACCAGUCAAAGUCCAAUCAUUGGCGGACUUGCGUCAGACAGUUGGGCGCGAGAAGACCGAUCACCGCAUAAGCAAGCACCAGUCUAUGCGAGAGCUGAGGAGACGAGCGCUGCAGCCAUAUGUAGAGACAGAGGCGGAGAGUGGUGGAGAGUUCGGGGGAGAAGUAUGA